AUGUUUCAAGAUUCAUUGGCCAAUGGUGAACAAAAUGAUAAUAAAAAUAAUAAAAAUGAACGACCUUCAUCAACAACUACAACUAAUUCGAAAAUGACUAGUAAAAUAUCAACAAUAAAAUCAACAACUAAUGGUGUUCGUUCACUUCUACUUGAUGAACAUAUUAAAUUAGUUAAACAAAAAAAAGAAGAAGCUGAAGUAUUACGUUUACAAAAAUUUCAAGAACAACUACGAAAAAAAGAACAAAAAUGGCAACAACAACAAGUAGAAAGAGUAAAAAAAUGGUUACAAUUACGCAAUCGUGAUAGUGAUCAUCGAUCACAAGUUGAAGAAAGACGAAAAAAACGUGAAGAAGAAGCUAAAGCUAAAAUUGAUGAAAUAUUACGUCGUGAAAAAGAACGCGAACAAAAUUAUCAACAAAGAGUCAAUCAUAAUCUAAAAAUCAAUGUACCACAUAAACCUGAUUCUGUAAUGAGUAUGUCUACAGAUAUAAUUUCAACUCGACGAGCUAUUUCAGCAUCACGAUUACGUUCAAAUCAUCAAGAUAUGACAAAUCAACAAGCAUCGAAUGAUUCUCCUGAUGAUAAUUCAACUAUUGUCAUCAGUUCUCAUCAACUUAAUCCGAUUGACGAACAACCACAUCAUGAUGAUCAGUCAAAUGAUGAGAGUUUAUUAUCAGGUACACAUCAUUCAUCGGCACGUAGUCAAACACGACCGAUGACAACAUCAUAUGCAUAUUGGUUACAUACCGGUGAUAAUAAUAAUAAUAAUAAUAAUAAUAACAGUGCAAAUUUUAUGCGUUCGACAUACGCAGCAAAAUGUCGAUCACAUUAUAGUUAUAGUGUUGAACGAUGUCCUCGAGCUUCUAGAGCUCGAGAUGAAAUUAAUAAUAAUGAAUCUCAACAUCGAAUAUUAAAUACUAAUCGACAACAUUUAAAUGAAACUAUUCAUCGACUAUCUAAACCAAAAACUCUUGCAAUGACACAAUCAGUACAUAUUAGUGCAACAUCAUCAUCAUCAUCAAAUAAUUUACCAAUAUCAAGAUCCAGUCAUCAACUUCGUCUAACAAAUUCAGCUGUUUCUUCAAUAUCUUCCAAUAAUCGAAGGCAUAUUCAUACUCGUCCUGCAACUGUUCCAACAUCAAAUAAUGAAUCUCGAACAUCACCAACAGAUGAAUCAUCGAAUAAACAAUCAAUACAUCGUCCUACAAUACAUUCAAAAGUUACAUCUUCUUCAACAAAACCACCAAUGACAUCUUCAUUUUCUCGUUCAAAACCAUCUACACAACAACGUUCUUUAAUGACAACAUCAAAUUCAUCAUCUUCAAUUUCAUCUUCAGCAAUACCAAUAACAAAUAAACGUCGUAUUGUUGUAACAUCACCAACAAGAUCAUCUAAAACAACAACAACAACAACAAUAACAAAUGAAAAUCAAUCAAUAAUAAAUAAUAAUAAUAAUAAUGAAGAAGAAGAAAAUCUACCGGUGAAUGAAGAAUUAAUUAUUAAUGAUGAAAAAUUAAAUUCAAAACAACAAUUAAUUGAUGAACAAGAAUAUCAACGUAAAUUAAAUCAAAAAAUUCGUGAAGCACAACAACGUUUAGAAAUUGAACGACAACGUGAAGAAGAACGUAAACAUCAAUUAGAAUUAGAAGAACAAGAACGUGAACAAGAACAAAUACGUCUUGUUGAAGAACAACAUCGUAUUGAACAAGAACGUUUACAACGUGCUAUUGAAGAACGUCAACGUGAAAAUGAAUUAAAACGACAAGAAGAACAACGUUUACAACAACAACGUGAAGAAUUCGAAAGAAAACAAGCAGAAGAAACUGAACGUCUUAAUCGUGAACGUCAAGAACGAGUACAAAAAGAAGAACAAGAAAGAAAUGAAAGAAAAAAACGUUUAGAUUUAAUUAUGAGACGUACACGACCAAUUUCACCAACUUCAAAACAGGAAAAUAAUUCUAAUAAAAUUACUAAUGAACAAACAAAUGGAUAUAAUCAAACAAAUAAUAUUUCAUCUCCAACAAGUAUGAUUAAAUCUUCAAUACCUCAUUCCAUGUCGGAUACUCGUUUUCCUACUUCAUCAUCUAAUGAACAUUUUCUAAUUAAUAAUGAUUCAAUUAUAUCAUCAACUACAUCAUCUACUACUGAUAUACCAAAAUUUAAAUCACCAUUGAUACAAAGUCUUCUGAAUAAAGCACGAAAUACACGAUCAACAGAUAAUUUAUCACAAACAAGUAUGACAUCAUCACAAAUAAUGACUGAAAGUAUGAUUGAUGAAUCUAUAACACCUGCAGAAUCGACAACUCUAAUUGAUCUUUCUGAUGAUGAUCAUCAAGAAAAUUCAACAACUAAUGGUCAUACUGAUAUACAUUUAUCAUCUUCAACAAAUUUAAAUUCAUAUCAUGAUCGUCCAAUGGAAACAGCAACUGCUUUUCAAUAA